GAAUAGCUAGCUAGCCACGCUUCAAGAAUUAGCCAGCAGCCUAAUCUAACACAAGUUGAUCGGGAAUUAUAACUUCAGUAAUUGGUAAUCGAGAUUUGGUAACCAGCUUCAACUAAUAGCAGGGAUGGAUGCUAACAAGUUUGUAACUUCGUGCUGCGUGGGGAACAUUUGGGGUUUGUACAGCAUAAUCCUCGUACUUUUCGGUGUAGUUGCCUCAAUCAGUGCUUCUCCAACCGGUACAGUAAUAACACAAGCCAGCACACCAGACGAAGACCAGUCAUUAUCAGAUAGCUCAACACGUCCACUGCUCGUCACGUAUUACGCCAGGAUCUUAGACAAAACACUUCAAUCAAUCUACGAAGACUUCGUCGAAGAGCGAUUUACAGGUCGUUCACGCGAACCAAAGGCAGUCGAGUCCAUCUUAAUGAAGCUCCCUGACCGUAAAGACCUCUUUCCAAACAUCGUCUUGACGAGUCGAAUGCCCAGCCGCAUGUGGAUGCAUGUGAGGAUCCUUCGCUUGUUUAACCGUUCAAUGGAUGGCAUCAUAUUUGACGAGAAUAAAAACAACGCAAGUUAUAACUUUGGGUCGAGGUUCUACGAUUUACAGAGGAAGAUUGAGAGUGUCUUAGCUGGGGUUCUUGAAACGAUUCACAACAGAGGCUGGGAAGAGGAUGAUGGAGUUAUAACCCACAAUGCGGACGGUAUUUUCACGGAAGCAAGUCUAGAAAUUGUGAGGGACUUUCGGUGUUACACGGUCCUGUCAUAUUUUAAGCAGUACUUACAAGCUCUUGUCCAUGAUAUACCUCUUCUCUAAUACUACUCGAAUGGAAGAGUGAACUAAUGGCGACAUUUUAGGAUAUUAUACAGAAACCCACUCCACUGUCUUUCUCAAUGAUGAUCCACCAUAGGAGAUGAGGCUCAAUUUGCGGCUGACUUCAGGUAGUAAUUUUGACCUUUAUUGGCGGCUACAUGUUACGGCUACGGCUAGAUCGCCAUGUCAUCAGACAUAGCAACGCCCUUAGCUACAGCCGUAGCUGUAGCCGAAGCUGUAAAUUUAGAUACAGCCUAAUUUCGUAAAGCUAUUUAAACAACAAUACUGCUUAGCAAAAUGGAUUUGCUCAUCAACCAAUUAAAGGGCUCUGGUUGCAAUGUUGAGUGGCGACUGUUAAACUGCUUUUGCUAAGCAAGAUAUGUGCUGUGCUUAGUAGCUUACUUGAGAAGGGCUCUGUUGGUAAUGGGCUCUGAUGCUUUAGCUCUGGCUAACUCAAACAGCCAUAACCCUAGCCACAGAGAUGACAUUUUGUACAUCGUCCAAGCAAAGGUUAUACAAUUUGACAGCUAAAAUUAUCAAUACGUGAACAAUGAUUGAGCUUUUAUCUUUCUAAAAAAGGCAGCUUUUAUCAAAAGAAAUCAUUCCAUAAAGUAGUUUAAACAAAAUGAGAAGAAGCUGAGAAUGCUGUGCUAAAUUAUUUGAUGUGAGAACUUUCUCAAGAAAAGUAAAACAAUUUACCUCAAAUCUUCCUUGUUGAAACCGUGGCAAAGGUGUUUUUGAAGCAAACUAUUUUGAGCUAUGCAAGUACUUCAUAUCCUUACAUUGGCAUCUGUUCAUGCACAGUUCGAAUAGGCCAAUGUCUGGAAUUAAUAAGUUAUAAUUUAUUUAGAGAGACAGAUAGGAUGUGUACAUAUUAUUUAUUGAAGAGAAAAACAAAUAUUUUUCUAACUAUUUUUGUACAAAUCUGUUGCCACUUUUUGGUAGCAAUUAUAAAUAAAAAUGUUCUUUUGCAGAUGUAUUGUAUACAAGUGUUCAAACUAUAUGAAGUGGGUAUAGGGGUGAGUUGGGGUUUCAUUUUGCAAGUUUUCGACUGGAAUAGUCGGUAUUACAAAAUGAUCAAAUAGGGGGAAAAUACCAAUUGUUCAGCAUUGAAUGGUCAUUGUAGUUCAUCCAAAGGAGGGGGGGGGGGUAUAUGCCAUCUUUAGCUCAAAAUAUUGAGGCAAAUCUAAAAGGAAUGUUUUGAGUUACCGCUAUAAGGUGAAAUUUAACAUUAGAAUGGAAACUUCAUUUUUAUAUCGCUCAUAACUUAUUAUAUUAACGGACUAAGUGCAAUAGCCCAAUGUUUGAUGUUGUUAGUUUAUUGAGAACAAGGUAUGUAGUGAAUUUGUUUUAAUCAGGAUGGGUAAAAAAAGAACAGUUUGAUGGUUAUAAUGAAACUACCAAUUUAAAUGACUGGCAUUUGUUUCGGCCUUCCAAGGUAAUUUGUAGGAAAAUAGAAUGUCUUAUUGAUCGGUUUGAAGCUGAUAGAGUUGAUCCAACGAUUUUGGAUCUGAAUUACAAGAUAUGUUCUAUCCUUUAACUCAAAUCUCCUUGGACAGUAAUUACUUCGAUGUUCAAUUCUUACUCUUUUUCACACUUUUAAAUGAUUAUUUAUCCAUAAUGAUGCAUAAUUAGCGUUUUAAAUCUAAAACGAGGCCUACCUCCAAUUAUUUUGCAAACCUGUCGUGUUUCAAGCAUCUUCGUAUUAGUCCUUGUGUGAUGUUAAUAGUUAGAACCAGUCUAUUGUGGCCACUAAGCCUCGCUUUGGCAGUUCUGUCCACUAAACCUCACUUUGGUUAUCAGGUGUGGUCCAUAAAAAACAAGAUGGUUGCAUCAUUUCGAAAAUGUUUUAAAAUAAAUUCAUCAAGAUCUAAUAAUGUAUUCGAAAAAGUAAUAAUUACUUUUUAUAUUUUACUUAAUUUAUGUUAUCCGUGAUAUUCCACGGACAUGUCUGUUGACGUAUUCGAUACUUUUUACUAACCCCCCAGUUUUAGAAUUCCUCUUUGCAAAAUAAAAUGUUAAAAUAUUCCUGCAACUAAUAUAAUUAUUAAUAUUUAUUUAUCUAUUUAUUGUACUAAAUCACCGUCAGCCUUAUGUAUUAUUUUGA